AUGAUGCUCAACUCAGACGCCAUGGAGCUGGACCUGCCUCCCGCCCACUCGGAGCCGGAGGCCACAGCCAAGUACCGCACGGCCCACGCCACGCGGGAGAGGAUCCGCGUGGAGGCCUUCAACCUGGCCUUCGCUGAGCUGCGCAAGCUGCUGCCCACGCUGCCCCCGGACAAGAAGCUCUCCAAGAUUGAGAUCCUGCGCCUGGCCAUCUGCUACAUUUCCUACCUGAACCACGUGCUGGAUGUCUGA